UCUGCACCAACUACAACAGCUUCCCCAACAACCGUUGCACCAACUACAACUGCAGCGCCGACAACCAUUGCACCAACUAAAACAGCAGCCCCAACAACUUCAACAACUACUGCACCAACAACAACUUCAGCCCAAACAACAACUGCUGCACCAACUACAACAGCAGCCCCAACAACAACUGCUUCAGGAACUACAACGGCAGCCCCAACAACUGCUGCACCAACUACAACAGCAGCCCCAACAACAACUGCUUCAGAAACUACAACGGCAGCCCCAACAACUGCUGCAUCAACUACAACAGCAGCCCCAACAACAACAACUGCUUCAGCAACUACAACGGCAGCCCCAACAACUGCUUCACCAACUACAACAGCAGCCCCAAUAACAACAACUGCUUCAGCAACUACAACAGCAGCCCAAACAACUGUUGCACCAACUACAACAGCAGCCCCAACAACAACUGCUUCAGAAACUACAACGGCAGCCCCAACAACUGCUGCAUCAACUACAACAGCAGCCCCAACAACAACAACUGCUUCAGCAACUACAACGGCAGCCCCAACAACUGCUUCACCAACUACAACAGCAGCCCCAAUAACAACAACUGCUUCAGCAACUACAACAGCAGCCCAAACAACUGUUGCACCAACUACAACUGCAGCCCCAACAACUGCUUCACCAACUACUGCUUCACCAACUACAACUGCAGCCCCAACAACAACUGCUUCACCAACUACAACAGCAGCCCCAACAACAACAACUGCUUCAGCAACUACAACGGCAGCCCCAACAACUGCUGCACCAACUACAACAGCAGCCCCAACAACAACUGCUUCAGACACUACAACGGCAGCCCCAACAACUGCUGCAUCAACUACAACAGCAGCACCAACAGCAACUGCUUCAGCAACUACAACAGCAGCCCAAACAACAACUGCUGCACACACUACAACUGCAGUCCCAACUACAACUGCUGCACCAACUACAACUGCAGCCCAAACAACAACUGCAGCCCCAACAACAACUGCUUCAGGAACUACAACGGCAGCCCCAACAACUGCUGCACCAACUACAACAGCAGCCCCAACAACAACUGCUUCAGAAACUACAACGGCAGCCCCAACAACUGCUGCAUCAACUACAACAGCAGCCCCAACAACAACAACUGCUUCAGCAACUACAACGGCAGCCCCAACAACUGCUUCACCAACUACAACAGCAGCCCCAAUAACAACAACUGCUUCAGCAACUACAACAGCAGCCCAAACAACUGUUGCACCAACUACAACAGCAGCCCCAACAACAACUGCUUCAGAAACUACAACGGCAGCCCCAACAACUGCUGCAUCAACUACAACAGCAGCCCCAACAACAACAACUGCUUCAGCAACUACAACGGCAGCCCCAACAACUGCUUCACCAACUACAACAGCAGCCCCAAUAACAACAACUGCUUCAGCAACUACAACAGCAGCCCAAACAACUGUUGCACCAACUACAACUGCAGCCCCAACAACUGCUUCACCAACUAAAACAGCAGCCCCAACAACAACAACUGCUUCACCAACUACAACAGCAGCCCCAACAACAACAACUGCUUCAGCAACUACAACGGCAGCCCCAACAACUGCUACUGCAGUCCUAACAACAACAGCAGCCCCAACAACAACUGCUUCAUCAACAACAACUGCAGCCCCAACAACAACUGCUUUACCAACUACAACUGCAGCCCGAACAACAACUGCUUCACCAACUACAACAGCAACCCCAACAACAACAACUGCUUCAGCAACUACAACGGCAGCCCCAACAACUGCUGCACCAACUACAACAGCAGCCCAAACGACAACUACUGCAGCAACUACAACAGCAGCACUAACAACAACUGCUUCACCAACUACAGCUGCAGUCCCAACUACAACUGCUGCAUCAACUACAACUGCAGCCCCAACAACAACUGCUUCACCAACUACAACGGCAGCCCCAACAACUGCUGCACCAACUACAACAGCAGCCCCAACAACAACUGCUUCAGCAACUACAACGGAAGCCCCAACAACUGCUGCAUCAACUACAACAGCAGCCCCAACAACAACUGCAGCCCAAACAACAACUGCUGCACCAACUACAACUGCAGUCCCAACAACUACAACUGGAGCCCCGACAACCGUUGCACAAACUACAACUGCAGCCCCAACAACAACUGCUUCAGCAUCUACAACGGCAGCACCAACAACAACUGCAUCACCAACUACAACUGCAGCCCCAACAACAACUGCUUCACCAACUACAACAGCAGCCCCAACAACAAUUGGAGCCCAAACAACAACUGCUGCACCAACUACAACAGCAGCCCCAACAACAACUGCUUCAGCAACUACAACGGAAGCCCCAACAACUGCUGCAUCAACUACAACAGCAGCCCCAACAACAACUGCAGCCCAAACAACAACUGCUGCACCAACUACAACUGCAGUCCCAACAACAACAGCAGCCCCAACAACAACUGCUUCAGCAACUACAACGGCAGCCCCAACAACAACUGCUUUACCAACUACAACAGCAGCCCCAACAACAACUGCAGCCCAAACAACAACUGCUGCACCAACUACAACUGCAGUCCCAACAACAACAGCAGCCCCAACAACAACUGCUUCAGCAACUACAACGGCAGCCCCAACAACAACUGCUUUACCAACUACAACUGCAGCCCGAACAACAACUGCUUCACCAACUACAACUGCAGCCCCAACAACAACUGCUUCACCAACUACAACAGCAGCCCCAACAACAAUUGGAGCCCAAACAACAACUGCUGCACCAACU